AUGCCACUGGGAAUGGUUGCUAUUUCUGCAUCCACAGCUACAAACCCACCAGGAGUAGCCAGUACAUCCACAGCUGCAAGCCCACCAGCAGUAGCCAAUACAUCCACAGGAGUAUGUCGUGAAAGUUUUGAAGACCUGUCAUUAGACAUGCUUAAGAGUGAGAAAAAACCUGAAAUAGGUGAUAAGAAGCAAAUGGUUGCAAUGAAUAGGGACAAAUACAGAAAGGCAAUAACUGAAUUCGAGGUUAUUCAGGAGGCUCCAAAACCGAAGACCAACGGGAAUCUAACAGCUGAACACGUGGAAAAAAUAGCAGCAGGCAGAAGAGCAGCCCGUGAGGAGAAAGAAAAAUGUGAACAUGAAAUAAAAUUUGCAACACGGUCAUUAGUUGGGGUUCUUUACAAGAAAGGACACGAGUUCAGUACAGAGUGGAUCACGUUGUGGCAUAUUGAAGCUUUCAUGAAGUGGAAACUGGACUCCCCUGACCAUGAGUGUGUAAAGAUUGGGCUCAGAGGUGGCUGCUAUUGGUGGCCAAACUGGGAAUUGUCAACUGCUGGAGACCAUGCUGGAGCAACAAUCCAAUUUAUCAGAUACCUUGAUACUGGCAGAUCUUUCAAAUCUUUGACUCCAUAUUUCAUUAGAGGAGAACAAACAAUUGGUUUGGCUGUAGCUAAGACAACAGAUGGAAUAGGGAUCUGUUUGCAACCAAUGUACAUUGCAGUUCCUGAUGGGAAUGGUGGAAGCAACCUUGGAGUUUGCCCCACUGCAUUAGUUCAAUAG